GUAUGUAUAUAUUUUAUUAAAAUUUAAUAAAAUAUUUUAUUCUGCGUAACAGAUCGUGCACAUUUGAUGAAAGGAAAAAGUGGGAGGGGGUUAUAUUUAUCAUCAUGUUAUAUUGUGUCAUAUGGAAUAUGGUUAAAAUACUGCUGUUGUAUAACACUGUCACAGAGUCUCGAACCUGCAACACAGGGCAUCAAACGUUGGACGGUUCUCUGGGAGGAAGGACCAGCAGCUGCACAUGAGCUCGUAUCUGGGGACGGGGAGGGUUAGGCGCUAACAAACUUGAAGACGUCAUGGGCAGACAACCCGGGUUCAUUUAUAAGAAGCAGCAUGGGAGAGGCAACUGCUGAUUUAGAUUUACAGUCUGAUGAGUUUAAAGAAUUUUCAAAUUCUGAAGAUGUGAAGCCACUUCUAUCUACAGUAUUUUCAUCUUCUUCUGACAUAAAAACAGAAUUAUCAUUUUUAACUUUCCGUGAUAUCAAACCAAACUUGACAUUUAUAGCUUCACAGGAUGAUAAAACCGUUGUUACGCCAGAUUUUUCAUCUUCUACAGACACAAAGUCAGAAUGUACAACAUUUUCCUCUUUUGAUGAUGUAAAACACCAUAUGACAUUUCUAACUUCUCAAGAUAAAACAACAGGAUUUUUAAUUUUUAAAGAUAUGGAACCUGCUGUAUCAGCAGUAUGUACAAAAUCUGAAGAUUUAAAACCAGUAUUAGCAAUUUUAUCAACUAGUGAAGAUAUAAAACAAGAAUUAGAAACUUUAUCAACCAUCACAGAAUUAGAAAUUUUAUCAACUACUGAAGAUAUAAAACCAGAAUUAGAAAAUAUAUCAACUAGUGAAGAUCUAAAACCAGAAUUAGAAACUUUAUCAACUAGCGAAGAUAUAAUCCCAGAAUUAGAAACUUUAUCAACCAACAAAGAUAUAAAACCAGAUUUAUGGACAAAAUUUUUAGAUUCUGAGGACAAACAACAAAAUGGACUUGAAGAAAAGCUAAAACUCUCUGAAGACAAAACAUAUCUGUCUGUUGAUCCUCAUGAUCAUCAUGAACAGUUUUUUCAAAGAUCUAACUUGAAUAAACAAGCUCAAGUAGGGGAGAGGCCACUUGGAUGUGAUGCUUGCCAUAAAAGGUUUUCAGAUAGUUCUAGGUUAAGUAAACAUAAAAAAAUUCAUUCAGGAGAAAAGCCUCAUGAAUGUGAUGUUUGUCAUAAAAAGUUCUCUAAUAGUUCUGCUCUAAGCAGCCACAAAAAAAUACAUUUACUAGUUAGACAUUAUGAAUGUGAUGUUUGUCACAAAAGGUUUUCAAGGAAUUCUUAUUUAGCGAAACACAAAAAAGCUCAUUCAGGAGAUAAGCCUCAUGAAUGUGAUGUUUGUCAUAAAAAGUUUUCUCAGAGUUCUAGUUUAUAUGCACACAAAAGAGUUCAUUCAGGAGAUAAACCAUUUGAAUGUGAUGUUUGUCAUAAAAAGUUUUCUGAGAGUUCUAGUUUAUAUGCACACAAAAGAGUUCAUUCAGGAGAUAAACCAUUUGAAUGUGAUGUUUGUCAAAAAAAGUUUUCUCGGAGUUCUAGUUUAUAUGCACACAAAAGAGUUCAUUCAGAAGAUAAACCAUUUGAAUGUGAUGUUUGUCAUAAAAAGUUUUCAUAUAGUUCUAGUUUAUAUGCACACAAAAGAGUUCAUUCAGAAGAUAAUCCAUUUGAAUGUGAUGUUUGUCAUAAAAAGUUUUCAUAUAGUUCUAGUUUAUAUACACACAAAAAAGUUCAUUCAGAAGAUAAACCAUUUGAAUGUGAUGUUUGUCAAAAAAAGUUUUCAUAUAGUUCUAGUUUAUAUACACACAAAAAAGUUCAUUCAGAAGAUAAACCAUUUGAAUGUGAUGUUUGUCAUAAAAAGUUUUCAUAUAGUUCUUAUUUAAGGAAACAUAGAAAAGUUCAUACUGGAGAUAAGCCAGAUGAAUGUGAUGAUUGCCAUAAAUAUGUUUCUUAAAUAAAGCGGCUCCCGACAUAUUGGCUCCCGAUAUAAGUGCUCAAGACAAAUAGGCUCACGACAUAUUGGCUACCGACAAAUGGGCUACCGGCAAUUGGGCUCCCGACAUAUUGGCUCCAGACCAAUGAAUGGCAUGACCACUAUUGGCAUAAAAGUAAAGAUUUUGUCCUACCUCCAAUACCACUAUAUACUCUUUUAAAUGCCCGAAUGAAAUUGUUUUUCAUGAACCAACAUUAAUUCACAAACAAAGUGAGCCCUUAACAGCUAAAUUUCACCAAUUCUAAAGUUUUGAUAAUGUUUAAUUUACAACAGAAAAAAUCUGUUGCUUAAAAGCGAGCACAGAAGUGUAAAUAUAUGAUAUACAUGAUGUUAACAUGAUAACAGCAUUUUGUUUUGAUAACCUACAAGCCUACUGGAGGUAGGAGGAAGGUACAGCGUGGACCCUUCUCCCCACACACUGAGUUGGAACAGCCUAUAACUGACUCACUUAUGGAUGUCAUAAAUAGAUGACCCUUAAAUUAAAACAUACUAUAUUUUAUAAUAGAUAAACGAAUAUAAAAAUAAGGCCUGCCGAACAAGAGAUGCAUACGUUGUAUUACAUAAAAGUGUUGGAUAAGCUAACUAAAGAAUAUUGAUGAAGGGGUCCCACUGGCAGGUGUCAUAUUCAAUGAGACCGCUUUGCCGGGAGACUUAGUCUCUACAGAAACGGUAUUGUCAGUGGUCCUUUUGUCUGGAGCCAAAUUGACAGAAGCCACAUGAAUGUGAUCUUUGUCACAAAAGGUUUUCAAGGAAUUCUGAUUUAACAAAACACAAAACAGCAGUUCAUUCAGGAGAUAAACCAUUUAAGUGUGAUGUUUGUCAAAAAAAGUUUUCAUAUAGUUCUAGUUUAAGGAAACAUAAAAAAGUUCAUUCUGGAGAUAAGCCACAUGAAUGUGAUGAUUGCCAUAAAUAUUUUUCUAAAAUUUUUGCUCUAAGCAGCCACUAGUAACACAUGAAUGUGAUCUUUGUCACAAAAUGUUUUCUGGCAAUUCUGAUUUAAGGAAACACAAAAGAGUUUAUUCAGGAUAAACAAUUUGAAUGUGAUGUUUUACACUUCUACUGUAAGCAAACAUAAAAUUGUUCAUUCUUGUGUUAAGCCAUACAAAUGUGAUGUUUGUCAUAAAGAGUUUUCACACAGUUCUACUCUAAGCAAACACAAAAGAGUUCAAAAUAAUCAUUUAGUAGUUAAGCCUUAUGAAUGUGAUGUUUGUCAUAAAAAGUUUUUCAGAUAGUUCUAAUUUAAGUAAACAUAAAAAAGUUAAUUCAGGAGAUAAGCCAUAUGAAUGUGAUGUUUGUCAUAAAAAGUUUUCUCAGAGUUCUAAUUUAAAUAGAAACAGAUGAUUUCAUUCAGGAGAAAAUCCAUAUUAAUGUGAUGUUUGUCAUAAAAAGUUUACAGACAGUUCUACUCUAAGCAAACACAAAAAUAAUCAUUUAGUAGUUAAGCCUCAUUCAGGAGAAAAGCCUCAUGAAUGUGAUGUUUGUCAUAAAAAGUUUUCUCAGAGUUCUAGUUUAUAUGCACACAAAAGAUUUCAUUCAGGCGAUAAACAAUUUGAAUGUGAUGUUUGUCAUAAAAGGUUUUCAGACAGUUUUAGUUUUAAUAGACACAAAAGAGCUCAUGCAGGAGCUAAACCAUAUGAAUGUGAUGUUUAUCAUAAAAAGUCUUUAGACAGUUUUACUCUAAGGAAAUACUAAAAAAAUUCAUUUAUUAGUUAAUCCUUAUAAAUGUGAAGUUUGUCAUAAAAGGUUUUCAGACAGUUCUAAGUUUAAUAGACUCAAAAGAGUUCAUUCAGGAAAUAUGUCAAAUGAAUGUGAUGUUUGUCAUAAAAGGGUUUCUAAGAGUUCUUACUUAAAUAAACACAAAAGAGUUCACUCAGGAGAUAAUCCAAAUGAAUGUGAUGUUUGACAAAAAAAAAUUUUCAGACAGUUCUCUAAGCAAACCAAAAAAUAUUCUUUUAGUAGUUAAGCGUUAUGGAUGCGAUGUUUGUCAUAAAAGGUUUUUAAACAGUGCUAAUUUAAAUAAACAUAGAAAAGCUCAUUCAGGUGUUAAGCCAUGUGAAAGUGAUGUUUUAGUAGGCACAAAGAAAUUCAUAUAUGAGAUUUUAUAAAUAUGAUAUUUGUCAUGAAAACUUUAACCAGAAUGGUGGUUAAUAAUAUGUUACAUUACUUAAAUUGUUGAAGCAUCAAUAGAAUAGAAUUUCUUAUCUUUAACUCAUUCACAAUCUGUAUAUGUUAAUAAUAGGAUAAUGUUUAAGUUCUACUUCUAGGUCACUUAUAUAUAUUUAUGUAUAUUUGUAAAAAUUGCAAAAGGUUCAUUGCAUAAAUUUUAAUGUAAUUUACAGGUAACAGAAGACUGUUCUUAAUAAAUUAUAAUAGUAAAUUACCCAUUUUUCACCAUCUUUGCUGCUAAACAUUUAUAGUUGAUCUUUUUCUUUGGUCUCAUCGAGGUGGGGUCAUUUACUAACACAACUUUCAGUUUCUAAUGCUUGAAACAAUAACACCACAUACAAGUUAAACAUUAAAAAACAAGAACAAUAAACCUGCAAAGGUUAUGUUUUGACAUUUUGGUAUCAUAUUUUUAGCAAAAUUGUUGUUUUGAUGUGUUUAAUUUUGUAUUCUUUAUUUUUAAAAACACUUUAAUGAAAAUGUUACUGUAGUAAACUGGUAUAAGAUUGUAACAUGAAAUUAAAAUUGCUAACUAAAUCUAUCAAAUUCUUUUUAUUGUUUUACUACCAAUGUCUGUAUUCUAACAUUAUUAAUUCCAAUAAGACCACUGUGUGUUGAAUGCUGGGGUUAAUUUGACCCUCUUCUGAUUAUUUAAAUUUAAUGCCUUAAC